AUACUUAUAAAUAAUAUAUUACUACGUUUUGUCCGUAAGAGUAAAGCAAGUUCAAAAUAAAUCAGAAAAAGUAUAACAAUACAAACCGACAAAAGUAUCGCAGUACUACAGAAAAAUAAAGCUUAUAAAAUAUAAAAUGUUUAGAUAUUGAUAGCUAUUUUCAGAAAGUUCGGUUAAUUCCAUAUUCAACUAAUGGCUCAUUAUUGGUAAUCUUAGGCAUUUUACUGUCGACCGUCUAAGCAUAUGCAACCAAACAUACAUAUACUCGGUUCGCUGAUCCCAGUCUCAACUGUCUAGCAAAUUUAAUAAUUAUUUUAUCCUACGUUUAUUUGAGCUAUUAAUAAUGAGAGGUAGACAUUUUUGUUUUAUAUGUUUCCGUUAAUGAAUGUCAAAAUAUUCCCAAGCUGAGUUAACAGACUAUAUAAAUUAAAUAUUAAAAUGGCAAAUCGCCGGUUAACCCAAUAUCUGUUGACGUUAUUAAUUUAUUAGUUGAUUAUUAUUUAUCGUAAAAUAAAAAUUUAAAGUAAGAUCUUUUCUCCAACAGGUUGAGUAAGGAUAAAAUUAACGGAACUUUAUGAGGCCAGCCAUUAAAAUUCUAUACACAAAUAUAAUAAUAAUUUUAACAUCCAUGUAACAUUGACAAAGGCGAUUUAUUUACCUAUACACUUGAUAUAACCUUUAUUGGGUUUUAAUUGCAUCUAACAUAUUUAUGGUACAGUGUGAAGCCAAAAUUGUAUGUCAUUAUGAUAAGCCGUUUUGGUGAAAUAAAUUGUAGUGACAAGAAAUUGGCUAUGAAGCAAAUAAGAGAACAUUAAAUGGUGAUAUGAUGUCUUUGAUUUUUAACAUAUUUGUUAAAUAUGAGGGAAAAACAAUCGACCAUACUCUGUUUUCUUAAAUCAUAAAUGACACAAAAAUUACUAUAUAUUAUAACAAAUAAUGAAAAAAAAUUCAAGACACAGAAGAUCAUUACAUUACUAUCUAUGUACUACUAAAUAUCGGAUACAAUGUAAGUUUUUUACUUUCUUUUCCACACUAUGUUUUCGUAUUAUCGUCAAUGUCCUUCCGAUAUACGUAGUAUGCCGAUGUCGAUUGGUUUAUUUUGAUUUGACGGUAAUAUUAUGUCUCUUUCUUGAAGUAAUGUAACUCUUGCCAUUUUUAUGGCGUUUCAGUGACAUACUAAAAAUUAUAAAUAGGCGCCAUUUUGUAAAAUUAUUCAUGGGAUCAUAUUUAAUUUGAAAAUUUGUACCAGUGACGUAAUCUCAUUUCAAGUUCUGUUGAACGAGACCUACACGAUAAAAACUUUUUGAUCUCAUUUAACACUAUCUUACUAAAUAGCUCCCGUCGGUUAGGAGACUUUGAAUGCGUAGUGUUAUAAUAAAUUAAUUUUGAUGUUUUUGGGAUGGAACUGAUAAUUAUAUGGGUUUCGUUGAGAAAAACUUAAAAGCUUUCAAAUAAGGUAUUACUUGCCAUAGGAUUCCCUGUUAAAAUAUUUUACAAAAUGGAUCUUGUUAACAUUAGUGGGGUUCACAGUGGACUAUAGUUAUUAUCUAUCUUUAAUGGAAACCUACCUUAGCCAGAGAGGAGUACUAAACGAAUAAGAGCAGACCAAUUAAUAUCCACACGAUCAACCUACACAUUUAAUAAUGGAAGACAAAUUGUUCAACACAAAUAGAGUUUAUAAAGUACUAACACAAAUCCGUCCAUACCAUCAUCUACCAUACCAUAACAAUAGCAUCUAUUCUGAUACCUACUAUAAGUAACAUAUAAUAUAAUGGACUUACGAGAUUACCAAUUAUCAAGGUGACAACACUGUAGGAAUUUUGUUAAAUAGUUCUAGUGUAUGUGACUGAGGAGUUUAAGAGAGGCUUAUGUUCAGCAGUGGGCGUGACAAAUGAAGGCUGGAUGAUGAUGAUGUGCGUGAGGAAUAUAGACAGUGAAAGAACAAAAUAGAGAAAGACAGAACGAGAGAGAGAGAGAGAUACAAGUUCCAUACGAAAACACAUCUUUCUUUGACAAUACUUACAGGGUGAUCGUUUCUGGAUUUUUUGAGAACAAGAGCCGUAUGUUAGGAACAGGUUAUUCAAUAUACGUGCUUGAAUAGUACUAAAAAUUGGUGUGAAGUGGAAUUUAUUUGAAAAUCCAAAAGUGCAAAUAGUCGCAUUUACCUGAACUAUGGAUACACAGCACUUAACUAAAUUCUACACAAGAGUCAGUGCAGCAGCCGAUCUCCCUAUUAACCUCGCAAGUUAAUACGAAGCUGUUCGUGAUAUCCAUCUUGCUAAUAUCCUGAAAAACUAUGCUGACAAUUUUUACAUCCGUCUGGUUUAUAUUUGAUAAAACCUAAGACGCCACAGAGAAACAGUUUUAGAAAAAUUAUAAACCAUUAUUUGAACUCUAGAAGAGUUCAAAUUUUUCAUAUGUUUGGAGUAAAAGUUGACCAGUUUUUCUUUUUACCUCACUUCAUUUAAGAAAUCAAUAAUAAACAACGAACGAUCUUGAUGUUUUGCGAAUUCACUAUGAUUUUAAUCAGAAUCACUAUUCUGCAAUCUUCAUCUCAUGAGCUGUUAAUGUUAUAUUAGCUCUAGAUUGCUAAUUACUUAUCCUGCAUACCCUUAAAGCAGGAUAUUGUAUGUAAACACAGGGCGUUGUUUCAAAAACUUGCUAGGUAUCAGGAAUUAGAAACGCUUAAGAAUACAGUAAGACAAAGUCGCCAAAAAGUAACAAUGGCUCGCCACGAUCGUUUAAUUGUCCAAUUAUUUAGAGAGACCCAACAAUUUCUCACCCACAGACAACUUUGGAAGCUACAGGUUAAGUAUUUCAGUUGAAACGAUAAGAAUAAGAUUUCGUACCAAAAGAAUAUACAGCACUAGACAGUUAUGAUCGUAUUCACGAGGUAGGAGAGGAUAUGGGCAUUAAAAUCAAACAAAACAAAAUUUUUAGUGUUAGUCGUGACCACAUCCCGAUGCAAAACUUCAAUUAAACGGAGUCCAAGUUAAGAAAGUUCACAAAAUGACAUAAUUAGGAACUGUGAUAACGGAAAAACUAGAUCCAGACAUAGAAAUAAAACGUAGAAUAGCAAUCACUAAAACUACUUUAGUGAUUGCUACUACUUUAGCCAGACUAAAAUGGAGAUGGGCAGGACACAUAGCCAGAAUGACAGAUGGGCGAUAGACAAAGAGGUUAUUGGAAUGAAGGCCAAGGGAAGACAAGAGAAGCGUCGGUCGACCACCUACAAGAUGGACUGACGAUUUGAGAAGACUCAAUAAAAACUGGAUAAGAGCGGCGCAAGAUAGACGGGGUUGGAAACACGAGGAAAAGGCCUAUGUUCAGCAGUGGACUCUUGAGGCUGGAUGAUGAUGAAAACUACUUUUAUGAAAAUGAAGUCAUUUCUUUGCAAUAAUCAUCUCAGUUUAGAACUAAGACAAAGAAUGGUUAAGUGCUAUAUUUGGUCCGUACUUUUGUAUAGUGCAGAAGUGUGGACGCUAAAAAUAUCGAUCAUGAACAAAAUUGAAGCAUUAAAAAUGUGGGUUCAUAGACGAAUGCUGAAGAUACCUUGGACAGCAAGGAAAACGAAUGAAGGAGUACUAAGGAGCGCCAACAAAGAUAGAGAACUGCUAAAGACUGUUAAACAUCGAAAAAUGUCUUAUCUGGGACAUAUAGUAAGGGGAAGUGGAUAUAAAAUAUUACAACUGAUCCUUAAAGGCAAAAUAGAGGGCCGUACAGGUGUAGGAAGAAAACAAGUUUCUUGCUUAAAAAACAUUCGUGAAUGGACUAAAAUAUCCAUAUAUAUUGCAGAAGAUCGAGAAGCCUUCGCAAUGGUAAUCGCCAACGUCGGAUAAUUUUGAUAUGGCACGCGAAGAAGAAGACAGUUAUGGGUUCCCGAGUUAUUCAAGCAGCUUGAUCGCCUAAAUUGGUGUCUUCAACACAAAUGCGCUGGCAGAUGCACGAGUAUGCAAGCCAAUAAAUAGGAAAAAAGUAGAUGUCAAGGUUAUGUUCAUUGCAUGAAAUUCAUAUAUAACCUAAGUUUGGUUGUGUGUAGAUUGAAAUAGUGAAUCAAAUUAAGCAGAGCGCUGCCAAAUAUGCCGAAAGUUACAAUUGGAUUCUACAACUCUGUAAUUCUUUUUGGAAACUAUGUACCUAUAAUUUGCAUAAAUACAGAGUAAGACCGAUUGUUCUUUUAAAAACAGGAGACGUCAAUUUUUGAACAUUUUUAAAUAAUAAACUCUAUCCUUUAUUGUUUGCCCAAAAAAUAUAUUGGAAUGACGACAAUCCUUAGUUAUUCGACUUAGUCCAAUAGAAAUUUCAACGCAAAUUUUCUGUCAAAGUAGAUGAAUUUAGAGAUAGAAACUAAAAAGAAUGUAUACCAUAGAAAUGACGAUAAAGUUCUAUAAAUUAAUAUAUUAAAUCACAUGUAGCAGCAUUGACCAAAAUAAAAAAAGUAAAAAUGUCUACUUCAAAAUAAAGUAUCAAAUAGCCAAUUUUGCAAAUUAAUAUAUGUCAUAAUUGCCGUAUCCUGCUUUUUCAAAUGUCUUUCACAACUAUGUCUAGUAAAUACUAAUAAUGUAUAUACUAAAUAUAAGUAGACUAUCCAAAGAAUAUAUGUGUUUAAGAUAUUAGCAAACUAUUUUGUUUAAAAAUGACCAAUAAUAUCGAACAUACAAAUAAUUUUAAAUAUUACUGUAAAAAAUCAUCUAUUUUUUAAUGUAAUUCGGCUAUCACAUAUGACUCAACGAAUAAGAAAUCUGGCGAAAUCCACGUUUAGAAUUAAAAAUGAACUGGUUUCAUGUUUCCUUUGUGAAUUUAAGUAGCUUCGACCUAUUGGUUCGAAUAUUGUCUCAAGAUAUAAAUUUCAGUCUUCAGUCUGAUAGCCAAGCGGGCUGGGCGGCCGGUUCUCAUUCGCUUCACUGCGAAUGGUUCAGUGGAUAUGGGUUCGAGCCCCAGCUCGGUGUACAGAAAAAUAAAAAGGCUAACGCAGCAGCUUAAAAUUCUAGAUGAAUCUGCGGCUUAGACUAGAAUAUGCUGGUGUC